AUAGAUUUGAAAAGGCGCCAUCGUUGUAUAGCAAACUAUUUUCUGAUCUACCAAAUCUCCUGAGGCUUGAGCUAACAGGCAACUUCUUACCAUCAGAUUCUAAAUCUCUAGGAGAAAUGUUUACAUCGUUGAAAAAAUUACAGAUACUGAUAUUACAAAAUACAUUCCUUAAGGCACUACCUCGUAACGUCUUCCAACAGAUGACUAACUUAAGAUAUCUUGUAUUAAUUGGGAAUUACAUAAGUGGCUGGAACGACGACCCGGAAGUGUUUGGCAAUUUUACAUCAUUACGACGAUUAUACCUUGACGGAAAUAACAUAAAACUUAUCAACAAAACGUCUUUUCCCGAAAGGUUUCUGAACUCUUUAGAGAGAUUUUGUAUUACAAAUAACCCAUUUUCAUGCACGUGUGACUUGAAAUGGUUCCUUGACUGGAUAAAAUCUACCAAACAUACAACAAUCGUCAACUAUCCUCUGAGGUAUACAUGUAGGUUUCCUCCAGAAAUGAACAAUGUGUUGUUGAAGGAUUACAACCCUACUUCGGAGAUGUGUUCCAAUUUGGAUUACCCACUCGUCAGAAACAUCUGUAUUGGUAUUUUUGUUCCAUCAGCUAUCAUCCUCAUUGCUGUAUCGAUGGCAUAUAAGUUCCGGUUCCGAUUGAACUACUGGCUGCACAUCCUUGGAAUACGGAGAGUCGGUUACAAAAGGAUUCGCGACGAUGCUGAUUAUCAAUACGACGCUUUCGUUAUCUAUUCAAAUGACGACCGGAAUUUCAUUUUCAAUCAUAUGGUGCCAGAACUAGAAGAAAAAUCUGGAUGUAGACUGUGCAUACAUGAACGAGACUUUGACGUAGGCCACUUCAUUCUAGACAAUAUCACGACAAGCUUUGAACGAAGCAAGAACAUCAUUCUCGUGUUAUCCCGCGCCUUUCUAAACAGUGAAUGGUGUAAAUUUGAACUUGCAUUAACACAGUCUAGAACUGCACAGGAGGGUCCAGGAAUGCUGACUGUGAUACUGCUGGAAGAACUGAACACAGUCAUACUUCCGUCCUCUGUACGGGCGAUUCUAGACACGGUCACCUACACCGAAUGGUCAGUUGAGAAAGCCGGGCAGAGCAGAGUAUGGGCCAAAGUAUUAACAGCAUUGAACAUCCACGUUCAAAAUCCCGUUGAUGAGUGAUCAUAUCCUGAAAAAUACUGAUUUGGAGUUUGUGCUUCAAACUGGCAAUUCGAUUUACGCAAAUAUUAGUCUUUAAAUGUUUAGGGUUUGAAGCAGGUAUUGAAAGGCAUUGGAAAGGGGACAGGAUAGCCCAGUCGGUUAGAGUUUUGGCCUAUGUAACCUCAUAUGAAAACCCGAGCUGCAUGUUUCGAGGCUCCCUGUGAAGGUGGCAAGGUACUUUAAUUUCAUUAUGCUGGAUGAUAUGGGCCUCCCGUAUGUUGUUCAGUGAUGUAAUCACCAGAUUCCACAAUGAUACCACCGCUAAAAUGGCUCACGGUGCGAUAAACCAACACACAAGCUAAAAAAAAAAAAAAAAUCUACUUUUAAAUCUCUCUCUCU